AGAAGUUCUUGUACAAGAUGGGGCCCCCAAACAGCAGCAGCCGGCAUAUGUUGCUGGUGCUGUUUGUAUACUUGGGUGGAGUUUUUUGGCCCGACAAGAAACCUGUAAUUGUGCCUAAAGAAAUUCUGGAGACUGUAAAGGAUGUCUUGGAGAUACCAGAUGAGUAUCAAACGGUGCAGUCCGAAACUUCGCCUAGGGCAAAGUCAUUCAACUGCCCACUCUGUGACACAGUUCAAAUCAGCAGGAACGCAAAGCAGCAUCUUGUCUUGCGGUGCCCCAACCGUGAAGUGACCAGCCAAGACAAGAGAGAAACUAUUGCCCGUCUCAUCAGGAACAAUAUUCUCACUGUCAGCAACCGGCAGCUCGUUAAGCUGGAGAAAUUUGUUCUUCCCGAAUCUCAUUUAACCAUGAAAAUUGCUGUGUACUGUUGGGGUGGAGUAAUUUUAAACGCCGAUUACAAUUUGAUGUCAAUUUAUGACAUGUUUGGUGUAAGUUUACGUGCUGUCUGAAGUUUGCUUUCAAUCGUUGUCAAGCACUCUAGCGUGAGAAUAUUUUUUACGACUUUCGUAUUUUAAUUUGGGUGAUGGUCACCUCAUAAGAAGUACUUAAUUGUGACAACAACAUAGAGAAAUCAUUUAAAAGAAAUUUUCUGAAAGAAAUU